AUGCUCCGGGCAGUGGAAGCCUCGCGCGCGCUGCUGGUCCUGCUCUCACAAGGAACGCUCGCAGCCCCCGAACAGAUCACGGCGAUCGAGCAGAUCGUUCUGUCGAUCGAGAAGGCCGAGAAUGCGGGUUUGCCACCUCCCUCCGCGAUCUCCAUGUCUUUACCCGGUUUCCAGUUCCCCGCCGACGAGUUCUACAGCGAGAAGGUCCCGAAACUGUUAGCGGAGAAGGACGUGCUUCCACAAGUGCAGGAGGCGUCGCAGGGGCAGGUGCCAGGAACGAGGAUCCGCUCGUUCUUCCAGCAGGGCGCAGUUCAAUUCUCCGUAGGCGCUUCCGAGCGGACCAUCUAG